AUGAUAAAGAAGAAUAAAGGUAUUGGAGGGAAGAAAAGUAAUUUACAAUUAUCAGGAGAUAGUUUAUUAACAAAAACACUUUAUGUUCAUAUAGAUGGAGUGUUAAUAAUAAAUAAAGAAGAACCAAUAAGUUCAAAUUCAACAAUUAAUUAUCUAAAAAUAUUAAAGAAAGUUGAUCCAACACUUGAUAUUUCAGCAUUAACAAAACUUAAAGCAAUAACAAUACCAGCUACACCAAAAUAUAAUGAAGAAAAAGAUAAUUUGAAUCAUGACUUAAUAUUAUAUUCUGAUGCUAUUAUUGAAUCACCUAAAUGUUUAACUCCAAGUAAAUGUAAAAAAUCACAAACAAAAUAUAAAAUUAUUAAUUUACUUGGUCAAGGAUCAUUUGGUCAAGUUGUUAAAUGUUUAGAUUUAACUACUAAUCAAUUUGUUGCAUUAAAAGUAUUAAGAAAUAGACCAGCAUAUUUUAGACAAGGAAUGUUAGAAAUAGCUGUUUUACAAUUAUUAAAUGAAAAAUUUGAUAUUGAUGGUAAAGGAAAUACAAUAAGAUUAUUUGAUCAUUUUUUAUAUUGUAAUCAUGUUUGUAUUGUAACUGAAUUAUUAGGAAUAAAUAUUUAUGAAUUAAUGAAACAAAAUGGAUGUCGAGGAUUUGGGUUAAAUGUUUCAAGAACAUUUUUAAGUCAAAUAUUAGAGUCAUUAAAUAUUCUUUAUAAUAGUAAUAUAAUUCAUUGUGAUUUAAAACCAGAAAAUGUAUUAUUAAUAGAGUUUGUUUCUUUAAAAUA